GAUACCUCACCUACCCAAAAACCCUUAGCCAACAAAGAUAUAAGUCCAUAAUGCCUCCCAUCAUGUCCGGGUGUCACUUCUUUUUUCUUCCUCACAACGUCCAUGGUCAGACGUCCAAACGGUAGACUCUUCUAGCCAAAGCAGUCAUCUUGUCCUUCCCUCAAGUUAUUCCAGUCGCUCAUUAUGCUUGUCCUUCGUUACUCCGGCCUCUUGGCCCUCCUUGCUACCACGGCUUUUGCCGGGAAGAGCAUCAAGGAUGUCACCACCCUCAAGCCCAUCACUAAGCAAACGAACUUGCAGGCGCGAUCUGAUGACGACUCGGUGGCGCCGAGCACAAACAUCACGCUCGAUUACGGUGUAGACGCCCAGCCUAUGGUACACGUCGACCUGCAAAUGCAGACCCCGACUGUUUUGCUGGAGGACAUUGCCUCGGUGAACAACGUCACCUGUGUCGAUGGCACUCUUACAGUCACCUUCAAGAACACCGAGGGCUUUUCGGCAGCCGUCGCCUCUUGGUCAAACAAGGGUGACCUCGUUUUUUUCACCAACCACCUCGGAGGUUGCGACACCGAGGUCGAGCGUGGUGUAUUUUUGGUCAACCAGUUUAGCAGCGAUGUCAAGGACCUGACUGUGACUGCUCACUCUGAGAAGAAGGACGUCGCCAGCACGGCGGCCCAAACCGUUAUCGAGUUCCAGGGAGUUCCCGUCGCCAAGAAGCGCCGUUCCGUGGCCAAGCGCGAGAAACUCGACCCUCGUGGUAUUAGCGUUAGCGAGAAUGGUCUGACCAUCGGGGGCACUGUCGGCAUUCCUGACGGCACCUCCAUCUAUUCGUUCCCCCCUUACCUCGAGGUUUCGGCAGACACGGCUUCAAUCACCGCCUCUGUUACCUUUUCCGGUAAGGUUGAUUACAACAUCCUCGGCGGCAAGCUGAACCAACUGUACGUCGACGUCGACUCCAGCAUCGACGCCGAGGUCGGUGUCACCUUGACUGCGUCGGCCGAAUACCGCGACAGUUUUACCUACAGCCCCAGCAAACUGUCGUACAUGAUUGUCGACGUUCCUGGCAUUAUUACCCUUGGCCCGGAACUUCUCUUCGACGUCGGUCUCGAUGUCGACGUCGGUGCCGGCGUGACUGUUACAGGUACCGCCGGUGUCGGCCUCCAAAACGGCCGCAUUCACCUCGACUUCCUCGACAUGAACCAAACCACCGCUCAGCCCUGGCAGCCUACACACAACGCCCAGCUGGACCUCUCGGAAAAGGCCUGGGCCAAGGCCGACACCUGGGUUGAUGUUACCUUCCAGCUCGUCGUCGAGGUGCUGGCUGGAGUUGUGGACCUCAACGCCGGUUUGACUGCCCGCCCCCGCUUCAACAACGAAUUUGCCUUUACCGCCUCGCAGUCCGUCAACGAGACUGGUGGUGUCACCCAACCCGACGACACGGUUUGCGCCCAGGGUUUGAGCCUCCAGAGCGACUUUUCCUUCAGCCUGACGGCCUUCGUCAGCAGUCUCUGGUCGCGCUCGCUCUACAACGUCCAGGUUCCUAUCGCCGACAAGUGCUACACUUGGCUCGGAAGCUCGGCAUAG